AUAGGUCCAAGACUGCCCUAUGCGGCAUUCUCUCCAACAGCCUCUGCACAAGUGGUUUAGAUAUUUCAUCCUUUCAACACACAUACACACUACCAAUGGCUCGACCUGGCAGCGUCAACUUAAAAAAUGCCUUUUUCGAAAACACUGGAUCAGCUGUAGGUAGUUCCAUCUAUAGAGUGUCAUCCAUCAAAAAAUACCGAACAUCCAGCGUCUAUGGAGGAGCUGGUGGCUCUGGCACCCGAAUUUCCUUUGGCAGUAACCUCAGUAGCAACUUCGGCAGUAGUUUUCAACGCAGCACUUCCAUAAAUGAACUACUGCUUGGUGGCAAUGAGAAAACUACCAUGCAGAAUCUGAAUGACCGUUUGGCUGCGUACCUGAAAAAGGUAUACUCCUUAGAAAAUUCAAAUUCUGUUCUUGAAAAGCAGAUCCGGGAGUGGUAUGAAAACAGUUCCCCUAUUGCUAAGCAAGACUACAGUAGCUACUUUAGAACAAUUGAAGAACUCCAAAAUAAGAUUACCAAUGCCCAACUAGAUAACACCAAGAUCAUCUUGCAAAUUGACAAUUCCAAGCUGACUGCUGAUGAUUUCAGAGUAAAAUAUGAGUCUGAGAUGGGGCUGCGACUAAAUGUGGAAAAUGACAUCACAGGACUGCAGGGACUAACUGAUAACUUGACACUAAUUAAGACUGAUUUGGAGCAUCAAAUUGAAGGUCUGAAUGAGGAACUGGCUUACCUCAAGAAAAAUCAUGAGGAGGAAAAAGGAAGAUUAAACCGACAGCUGGGAGGGAAUGUGUCUGUGGAGGUAGAUGCUGCCCCAGGCAUUGAUCUGGCCCAGUUGAUGGAAAACAUGCGCCAGCAAUACGAAGUCAUGGCUGAAAAAAACCGUCAAGAGGCUAAGGAUCGGUUUGAUAAACUGAUUGAACAAUUGAAUGUGGAAGUUGCCACUACUACCCAUCAACUUGAAACACACAGAAGUGAGAUUACAGACCGGAAGCGUACACUCCAAAGCCUGGAGAUUGAACUCCAAUCUCAACUGAGCUGGAAAACUGAACAAGAGAAUGCAGUGGCAGAAACUGAAGCUCAUUACAAGACUAUAUUGGCUCAAAUUCAAAUGGCCAUUGGAAAUGUUGAGGCACAACUAAUGCAGCUGCGGAAUGACAUGGGGCAACAGAAUAUGGAAUACAGCAGCCUCUUGGACAUAAAAGUCAAGCUAGAAGCAGAGAUUGUCACUUAUCGCCGUCUACUGGAGGGGGAGGAUUGGAGAAUGAUUGUUUCGGAUUUAGAGACGAGCAAAGAAGAAGCUGAAAAAGAAAAGAAUAAAGUUCUGAGGAUCAAGACUGUGGUCGAAGAGGUGGUGGAUGGGAAAAUAGUAUCCUCCCAAGUCAAUGAGAGGGAAGAGAACUUGUAGAGUCAACCAUUAAAUAAAUUGCAUGUUAAGUUCAUAAUGGCAAAACAAAAUUGAUUUCAAAAAUUGUCUUCCUAAAAAAUGAGAAAAUGCUUUGCUGUCAACUUAAAAUUAGCCUUCUCCAAUCCAGUGUUCUCUAAAUGUCUAUCGUAACUGGAAGGCAGAAAAGGUUGAUUUAGAAAGGGAAAUCUGCUCUGAAAGAAUGAUUUUACUCAUGUUAUUUAUGUAAUUUCUUAUUUUCUAAUUUGGUUAAAAGAACAGAAAGCUCUUUGUUUCCUAAUGGCUGCAUAACUGGGCCCUUGUGUUAAAGCCAUUUGCCUCAUUGAAUGAUUUCCCCAGUGUUUCGGUUCCCGAGGCAAGGGAUGGGCAGAAGAACUUUGGGUCCAGAGAACUGCCCCAGACAUCGGGCAGACCCUCUCAGAUGUGCUGUUGGGCAUGCACAGCCCUGUGCACACACAGCACUUAGCCACACAUCCAAUCCAUGCUACUGCGCACCCAACGCUUCCCCUUAGAGUCAUGCACACUCCUUAGUUUUAAAAAUUAAAUAUGACAAAAGGGAAGCCAUGACAUUUUCUUCCCAUGAAAGGAAUAUUUUAUUAUUACUAUAUUUUA